UCUCUCGCUCUCACUCUCUCUCUCUCUCCCGGCGGCUGGGUGGGGGGGGCCUCCUUGCCUGAAAAGCAGAAGAAGGGAAGGGAGUACAGGAGCCGCCUGUAGACAGGGACAGACAGACUGUGUCCAGGUCCAUCAUAGACAUACACACCUGCAGUCGUGGAUUUAGCAGUGUGCCAAAGAUCCUGGAGGGCCCUACGAUCCUGAUCCUUUUCCUCCUCCUCUUUCUCUCCCAUUGGCAGCAGUAGGAGAGCCAGACGCCUGUUUCAUACUGACUUUUGGGGUCCAGCGAAAUGAACAAAAUGAAGAACUUCAAGCGCCGCUUUUCACUUUCCGUGCCCAGAACAGAGACGAUAGAAGAGAACGAGUUCACAGAGCAGAUAAACCAGCUCAACAUUCAGCACAAUGAGGAUCUGGUCCAGAACAGCCUCGGUCUGCACAGUCUGCACCCACAGCGCAGUCCAGUGGAGUCCGAUAAUCAGGCUAUUUCUCCCACCCAGCUGCUUUAUCGCAGCAAGGUCCAACACCGCCGCUUCUCCAUGGAGGACGUCACUAAGAGGACGUCUAUGCCCAUGGACAUUCGCCUGCCACCAGAGUUUUUGAAGAAGCUGCAGAUGGAGAGUCCGGAGCCGUGCAAACCGCUCAGUCGCAUGUCCAGACGAGCCUCACUGUCUGACAUUGGAUUUGGGAAACUGGAGACAUAUGUGAAACUGGGCAAACUGGGAGAGGGCACUUACGCCACCGUAUUCAAGGGACGCAGCAAGCUGACAGAAAACCUGGUGGCUCUGAAAGAGAUCCGGCUCGAGCAUGACGAGGGAGCACCGUGCACAGCCAUCAGGGAAGUUUCCCUGCUGAAGAACCUGAAGCACGCCAACAUUGUUACUCUGCAUGAUAUCAUUCACACCGACCGCUGUCUCACUCUGGUCUUCGAGUAUUUGGACAGCGAUCUAAAGCAGUACCUGGAUAACUGUGGAAACCUCAUGAGCAUGCACAAUGUGAAGAUAUUUAUGUUCCAGCUUCUGCGUGGGUUAUCGUACUGCCAUAAAAGAAAGAUCCUACACAGGGACCUCAAGCCUCAGAAUCUGCUAAUCAACGAGAAAGGAGAACUUAAGCUAGCCGACUUUGGCCUGGCGAGAGCAAAAUCUGUGCCAACCAAAACCUAUUCUAACGAGGUGGUCACUUUGUGGUACCGGCCGCCAGAUGUUCUGCUGGGUUCGACGGAAUACUCGACACCUAUAGACAUGUGGGGUGUCGGGUGUAUUUUGUACGAAUUAGCAACAGGACGGCCCAUGUUCCCCGGCUCGACUGUCAAAGAAGAGCUGCAUCUGAUUUUCCGUCUCAUGGGGACCCCAACUGAGGAGACCUGGCCGGGGAUCACUGGGAACGAGGAGUUUAAAUCCUACCUUUUCCCCCAGUACAGAGCACAAGCUCUGAUAAACCAUGUUCCCAGGCUGGACACUGAGGGCAUUGACCUCCUAACAGCUCUUCUACUGUACGACACCAGGAAAAGGAUCUCGGCUGAAGAUUCUCUGAAACAUCCAUACUAUUACAGUAUGGGAGAGAAUAUACACACACUACCAGACACAUCUUCGGUGUUCUCACUUAAAGAGGUGCAGCUUCAGAAAGAUCCAGGCCAUCGUAGCUCUGUAUUUCAUCCAGGUCGGGGCAAGAACCGCAGACAGAGUAUAUUCUAAUGGCUGAUUAAUGAAGCGACUGGCUGUAAAUCGAACCUAACUGCCUAACUGUUUCACUGUUCAUCCUCCUCUCAUCAGCACAAACGGGGAAUCACAGAUUUUACACCCACAACAGACUGAGGUCAACUCUGUCCUUGCUCAAGCUUUUAUUGUAUCAAACACAAUUACAUCAGCUGACUAGAUAUAAACAACUACAGAGUAAAUACUCUUAAAGUCAAAAUGUAACAUACAUGUGUGAGGAACAUGCAUUUAAUUGCAGCUUUGGGAGGUCAGUGAUGUCUGCAACUAUAUAUAUAUGGGUAGGCGAAGUUCUUUAACAUGUUUAGUUGUGAAAAUGUUUUGAUCUUGGUCAAAUUUAUACAGCAACUUAAAUUAUUCCUGUAGUCAUAUACAUACAGUAUAUUAUAAUUAUGAAGGCUACAGCUGAUGACUUCUCUGUGCCCAAACGUGCUAGUUUGCUAACAUUACGAAGAACAUCAAACACUGGUCCCAAACUGUCACACUAUGCUGUGAGAAAGUUUGUUUGGAUGGUCAGAUGUAAAGUUUGGUAAAAUCACCAGCUUAAGUCCAUUAUAAUUACUUAUAUGGAAUUAGAAGGCAAAAGAAGCCAAGUUAAAUUAAAAUUAAAACUGAUCUACAUCACAGUGUACAUUUUACCCAAAA